CUUCUCCCCCUCCGCCUCCUCUCUCCGGCGCCUGCGCGAUCAAAGUGUGAUGGCAAUGGGCGAAGUUCUGUUCACGAUCUUGUCAAAUGGACAGUACUUCGAUCCACGCGCGUCUGCCAGUGGGCCCUCAUCUCCAGCAUCCGGUAAUUCAAUGCAACAUGACGACUCGCUCAGGACCGCAAUCACCUCGAUAGGUCGCAUGGUGCUGAACACGUUCACUCGCACGUUUAAAGAACUUGAUAACAGCCCUCUUGACCGGGACUCAAACCGUCAGUGCUUAGCUGGACUUAUCCGUGCUAUGCUUCUCGCCGAUGGAACCAAGGCCUGCAUGACUCUGUUUCAGCAUUUACGCAAUCAACUGUCCCCGGAACAACGAAGGGCCACAUUGGAUGUUGUACAGAACAUUUACAUGCCGGUCGACUUCCUCGCGGAGGACAGUGGGCACGAGUUCUGGCAUUCCGAGAUUGGGCAGGCGAGAACGUAUGACUAUGCGCGGCACACCGAGCUAUAUCGGCUGCGCGACGUUCAAAACUGGGAAUGCGUGCAGACUGCACUCACGGCGGUAUACGCAUACCGCGACCCUGUAUCCAUCAUUCAAAUAACGACAACUGUUCUGGCCAUAUGCAGGUUGUCCGUCCAAAACAUACACACAUUGCCAGCCGAGGAGUCGAGGGGAGCUUACCUGGCCGACAUGCUCCGCCAAUUCGACGAGCACUUGGCUACCCUCCGCCGCAAGGAGCUGAAGGACGCUGUGCAACGCCUCCCUCCUGCGGCCGUAUACAGACUCGAUUGGGUGUUGAAUCGCAUGACCGACGACGACAUCUAUGGACCCUUGAGCACGACCGAGAUUCGCCGGGAUGCCAUGAUGUCGACCAAUCACAUCGCGCGGCGACUCCAGUGGCUGCUGGGAUGCGAUGUAUGGACGCCGCCAUGGACGGUCCAAGGGUUCUGCGUUUUCUUGCGAGUGUACGUGGGUAGGACACAAGGGCGCCUAGAACAAGAUCAUGGGCUAGACCGGAAAAACUGGGAAGGAUGGCUCGAAUGCGCUCCAGAUGAGCCCCAGAGUGAAGACGAUCGACGUGUCGACUCCCUGCAGGCGGCAGUCCUAGGGCCUACAUCGGAAGCUGGGGACGAGCAGGACCCACCGGAGUCGCGAAUGAACAGUCCGAAGCGACCUAUAAUGCAGAUCAUCCGUGACGUCUGGCGGAAGCUCAGAGGGACUGCAGCGCAGGAACCGGACGCUGAGAAGGGGGCCGCUGGGGCUGAUACGAACGCAACACAAGAUGCACCCGGUGCUACGGACGCCGCACCGCCAGCCGUCAGCGGGGCCCCGCCGGUGACCGCGACAACGGUCGACGAACCGCCGCAAGGGCAGGACGCGGCCCAGACUGGGUCAGUGCAGUCUCUAGACUACGAAGACCCGCACGCAGACGACUCGGGUGCCGCACGCGGAGUAGCUGAGCACGGCGCGGACGCGGACGAGGGUUGUCAGGGCGGACUUGUAGGCGCGACCGAACACGCAGAUGAACAUCAAGGCGGCGACGCGGGUCCGAGUCAGGAGGGACUAGCUGCACCGGGCGACACACCUACGCAACCGUCCGAGUCGCAUUUCGAGUCGGCCAGCCAGAACGCAAACAGCGGCUGAUGAGGAGGAGGGAUGAUUGUGGUAUCGACAACGGACGUGCGGGCAGUGUGAGUCGAUUUUUGACGAACCGUGACGGUGAUAGACGGAUCUUUCGGUGCACGAACAGCUUCUUGGAUCGCGACGGGCUGAUGUCUCGUAUGUUCCUCUUUCGUUACGGCUGUUCGUGAUAGGCUUGUGUCGGCUAU